CGGUGAGGCGGGGUUGGGCGUUGUCCGCUCCGGCUUUCAAUCUUAGAAACCUCGCAGAAACGGUGCUUCUGAUUUUCCAGCAUCUGCGCCAGAUGUUCGGUGUGGGUGUGCAUCGUGUGUGUGUAUGAGAGAGAGUGUAUGAGUGUGUAUUUGUGCUCCAGGGAGGAGGCGGAGGCGGAGGGAGGCAAUAGGGCUGCAGCAGCGAGGGGGAUGCUUAUGGCUGAAGGAGUGCGGCUAGCACAGGCGAAAAAUCACACCUGUCAUGUAAAUACUCAUCGCGACUAAAAGCCAUGGACUCGGUGGGGGUUCUCUUGUGGCUUAUUCUAGGCCAUAGUCAGAUCCAGGCUUUAGGCGACUCCACACAGAGAUCCGCCACUCAUAGGAGCGUGGUCACCAUCGUGUCCCGGUCACACGCGGACCGGAACGUCUACCCUUCAGCUGGCGUGCUGUUCGUCCACGUGCUGGAGAGAGAAUAUUUUAAAGGGGAAUUUCCUCCCUAUCCAAAGCCAGGGGACACCAGCAAUGACCCAAUCACCUUUAACACCAACCUGAAGGGUUAUCCAGACAGACCAGGGUGGCUUCGCUACAUCCAGAGAACUCCAAACAGCGAUGGAGUCCUCUAUGGCUCCCCAACAGCAGAACACGUGGGCAAGCCCACCAUCAUCGAGAUUACUGCCUAUAACAGACGCACCUUCGAAACUGCCAGGCACAACUUGGUAAUAAACAUCAUGGGUACAGAAGAGUUCCCGUUGCCCUACCAGGCAGAGUUCUACAUAAAAAACAUGAAUGUGGAAGAGAUGUUAGCCAGUGAGGUGCUAGGAGACUUUCUGGGUGCUGUGAAGAAUGUAUGGCAGCCUGAGAGGCUGAAUGCCAUCAACAUCACUUCAGCGCUGGACCGGGGCGGCCGUGUACCUCUGCCCAUCAACAACCUGAAAGAAGGAGUGUAUGUGAUGGUGGGAGCGGACGUGCAGUUCUCGUCGUGCCUGCGUGAGGUGGAGACCCCUCAAAACCAGCUGCGCUGCAGUCAGGAGAUGGAGCCCGUCAUCAGCUGCGAUAAAAAGUUCAGAGCUCAGUUUCACAUAGACUGGUGCAAGAUCUCGCUGGUGGACAUCACUAAGGUUGUCCCUGUGCACAACAGCCGUCCAGAUCCAGGCACAGGGGUGCUACCGGACAUCGGAGAGUACAAUCCGCCCUCAGAGUCGCUGAAGAGUAGGGACUAUUUUACUGACUUCCUGGUCACGUUGGCUGUGCCCUCCGCCGUCGCCCUGGUCCUGUUUAUCAUCCUGGGUUAUUCUAUGUGCUGUCGCCGGGAAGGGGUGGAAAAAAGAAACAUGCAAACACCAGACAUUCAGCUGGUGCACCACAGCUCUAUUCAGAAGUCCACAAAGGAGCUGCGUAGCAUGUCGAAGAACAGGGAGAUCUCCUGGCCUCUGUCUACACUGCCUGUCUUCAACCCUGUGAGUGGGGAGGUGGUCCCGCCCAUUCAUCCAGACAACUACGAGACCACCAGCAUGCCGCUCAUGCAGACCCAGACAAAUCUUCAAAAUCAAAUCCAGAUACCACAGCAGCAGCCUUCAGGAGGUAAUUACUGUAUGUCAACAUUUCGAAGACUGGAGGUAAAUGGUAUUCCUGAAGAGAGGAAAGUGGCUGAAGCGCUGAACUUGUGAUGGGAUUUCCACUCUUAGCUUUUUUGUAACCAUGUAAUUCAUGUUUCUGUUUUGUGCCAAGUGUGCAUGUGCUAGCUCUGUGAUCCUGUUCACUUGUGUGACAGAGUGCAGUAUAACCUAAAUGUGCUCAAAAAAGCACCUGGAGCUGUUGUAAAGACAGAUACACUGACAAGAGAGUAUUUUCACUAAUUCUGUCAGAACUUGUCUUGUUAUUUUAAAGUGAAAACCUGUUUUUUUUUUUAACAUGUUAAGGGUCCACCAAUUAAAGAGGCACAUUUAAAAAGACACGCUGUGGCCAGAACUGACUUUUGUUGGUGGGGUCCUGUGUAAAAAAAAAGUGCCCAGUAGUAAUCACUGUCUAUCCAUCCAAAAGCAUUUAUUUUAUUAUUGUAUUAUUCUAUCAUUGUAUUUUUUUACAAACCAGUAUGUAAUCUUUGGUCACCAAAUUGUACUAACCUCCUUUUAAAGAGCUUGGUUGUACAUUCAUUUCAUUGCAGCACUGCAGGUGGCAGUAUUUUAAAGUCUAUUAAAAUGCAGUCAAAUAGCCAUAACUAUUCAAAAUAUAGGCCAGGAGUUGUGAACUGAGGGUAGAGUCCAGCACAGUUUGUUGAUUUCUCUGUUUGUCAAACUAACUAAGCCUGGCAAUAAACUGAUGAUUUGAGUCAGUUGUGUUUGAACAGGGAGAUCAUCAAACUGUGCAGUAAUCCAGCCCUCUAGGACUGGAGUUCCUCAUCCCGGAUACAGGCAAACAGGUUGUCCUCCACCUGUCAUAUCCGGGACCCAGUUACAGUGCACAGUCAUUUUGAAACAGGGUGAAUCACUCUCAGUCUGAAGUAAGAAAAGAUACAGAACUAACAACCCUACAACCCUGCUAAUGCUGCCCAAAGGCUGAUAUCAGUAACAGAUUUUGAGUUACAGCACAGAGGAGACCCAUCUUUUCCUUUUAUUAAAUUCUAAUGCAUUUCAAAUGACAUUUCAUAUUAGCUAAUAAUACAGUACUGUGCAGAAGUCAAGAGACCACUCUUUAUUUAACUUCCAGUCAAAAACAACUCGUUCAUUUUCAGGAUUUUCUCAGAGAUUAGAUAAUAGGAAAAUAAUAGAAAAGUACAUUUUGAAUUGAGGAUUUUUUUUCCCUAGAAAUGUGGUCCACUUCUACAGGCAGACAGUGGUCACACCAGAUACUGAUGUGGAAAUUCUAUUUUAUGUCCCAUCCUGUUUUUGUGUGGUUUAAGUUUAAAGAAAAUCCCCAAAGUGUUGCGUUUCUAUUUUUAUUCUUUAUAUUUACAUGUUGAGGCUUCUGUGUAAGUUUGUUAUAUGUGUUUACUGCUUUUUUUCUGAUGCUGAAAAAAGAACUUGUACUUUUGUACUUAAUGGCUGUAAAAACUCUGCACAGUACUGUAUAUUAUUUUUGAAAACUGAUCAUACUGCAAUAAUUGCUGAGUAAGACGUUUUUAUUGUAACUGAAUAAUUCCCAUUGUUACUAAUUGUGUAACCUCACCAUUAGUCAAUGAAGACAACCAUAUCAACUGUAACAUCCUUUAAAUGUCAAGGUUGCAAAGUUAACCCUGCUAUUUCAUCAAAUUGUCUUGACCUGUCAGUGUUCACAUUACCACAUAGUAUUUGUUGAAUAGGCAACUUUAUUUUGUUAUUAUACAUUAGUAAAGAUGUUUUUGAUAAAUAAAUUAAUAAACUUAUCAAUGUAAAAAUCUG